AUGUUUUUUAAACAUUUGUUGAAAAUUAAUGAAGAUUUAGUAGACAAAAAACAUUUAGAUAUUUUUUACAAUUAUGAUAGUAAAUGCAACCUCCGUAUGGCACCUAAAUUAACAUAUUUACAUAUUCAUCCCGGUCCUUUCGAUAAAAUGAAAGUUAGGUUAGCAGCUCAAGUUUUUAGUGCUACUGUUGCAGCUGGUAUGUCCACAGCAUUAAAUGGUAAUUUGUUACCCAUAGAUUGUCAAAAAACAAUACAUUUUAUAAAUGACAUGGAUAAAUUGUUUGACAUAUUUAAUUCUAGAGAAACUCCUAAUGGUAAAAUUUUUAAUAGGCCCUUUAAUAAUGAAUCACCUCAGUUGGAUCAUCUAAUAAAAAUGACUGAAAUGUUUAAAAACCUUAAAGUUAUAAACAAAACAAAUGAUACUGAUGUUACUAAUAGGAUAAAUUUUAUUAAUGGUUGGUUAGUCUCUAUUAGUGCACUGCAAAUGCUAUGGAAAUCUUUAAAUUCUGACCCAAACCAACCAUAUGCUAUUUCUACAGGCCGUGUGAAUCAAGAUGGUAUUGAGAAUUUAAUUGGGGUGUUUAGACAGCAACACGGUAACAGUACAAAUCCUACACCUGUCCAAUUUAUUCAAUCUUUUAAAAAAAUAUUUUGCCUUCAGUAUUUUAAACAUUCCCCAGGAGCUAACUGUCUAGAAGACUUCGAUCAAAUACUUACUCAUGUCAGCGAACAACCAAGUUCUAAUAAAAUAAACCAGUUAUUUGCUGCAGAAGAACAAAAUCAUCUUUUUAAUUUUAAAUCAAUUAAAAUUGGUACUGUUGACUACAGGAAAUUAAACAUUCCGGAGAGAAAUGCUUACACAUAUGUGUGUGGAUACUUUAUGAAGAAAUGUCUGGAGAAACAUGUAUGCCAGGUUUGUAUUGAGUAUGCAAAUCAUCAAAAAACAUUGGAUCAGUCCUUUCUCUUAGCUUUCUUCAAAUCUUAUUCUGCAAAUGACUCUACCAAUUUUGGUAAGCUAUUUAUGCCGCACGAUGAAUUCUAUAAUUAUGUUAUUAAAUUAGAAGAUAUUUUUGUUGAUAACUUUUCUUCUAUUGCAAUUAAUGAUAAUAUCGGGUCCACAAUGAAAGAUCUACUUUGUAAUGUACGUUUUAGUCAUCCUUGUGAAUUAUUUAACAAACAAUUUUUAAUGGAUUUAUUUAUACGUUUUAGAAUUUUUACUGCAAUUAGAUUUUUAAAUAGGUCUAUGAUGUCUGAAACAAAACGAAAAAAUAGAAAACUAUCUAUUUUGAAACAUUUGUAA